AGAGGUGAGUGAACUGUUCAGGCCGUGUCUCCGUAAUUUGUUGUGACGGAAAGUAGACUCUUAUUUGAAGGGAGUUAACAAAUACAGUAUUUAUAAUGCUAAAACGUGCUAAACAAUGUCUCAAACGCACUUUCCCAUUUCUGCCGAUCGCUGAUGAACAAGACGACGACAAUGAAGUUCCAGAAGCCCAGCAAAUCAAUGAUCAGGAUGUGACGAAUGUUGUUCCAGACAAAGCAAGACUCAUAAACAACAUCACUUUUGUAGAAGUUGUCAACCAUCGCCAGAAAAGUGUUAAUUCCAAUGUGUCAGAAGAUAAAGAUUUAAAAAAAGCACUGGAAAAACACGGGAAUCCCCUAUCUGCAAUAGAAAUAACCUUGUCGCAAUCAUCAGUAGAAAACAUUCCCCUGACCAUCAGCAACUUUCAUAACCUGACGAUACUUCGUCUUCAAGAGAAUAAACUGAGGGAAAUUCCAUGGACACUUGUGUACCUACAACAUCUCCAAGUGUGUGAUUUAUCAUCAAAUUGUUUGUCGGAAAUAUCUCCUAUUAUGGGAUAUAUACCAACUUUAGAAGAACUAUACCUCAAACACAACACACUUACAUACCUACCAACAAGUCUGUUAAAACUCUCACAUCUUCAAGUACUAGAUGUUACUGGAAACUGUAAUCUUGUAUCACCACCUAUGUCAGUCUGCACUGAGGGCAAGGAUGCCAUUUUCUCAGCUUUGAGUAAACGCCACAAUCGUGUUGAUAUGUAUUCAGAAGUUACCCCAUGGUAUAAUGAACAUUUCAACGUUCAUCACUUUCAAAGCUUGGAUUAUGUCAAAUCCGUGAGCAGCUUAAUGCAGAUAGCCGUUGACUGUAUCCUAGAGUGUAGAGUGAAUUAUCUAUCACAAGUACAUGUGCCUCCAACCCUAAAGAACUUCCUGUUGAGAACGGAACAAUCGUGCGUCAAACAGUUCCACAUAUCCAAAUGCAGUACUUGUGGUGGCUUCUUCACCAACGAGCACAAUUUCAAGAACCAUCAUUGCAAAAGAAUUUGUAUAAACUUAUCCUGAUUUUGAGAAAUGAUAUGUACUCUUUCACUAAUUAAGUCCAUCUGUCCCCAUAAUUCCCAGUCAGGUGGUCUAACUUCAGUUUCUGGGGUCUCAGCUAAUUGUUAAUUCAUACAUGAUAUUAAUCACGGGAUUGUAUGGUCCAGACUUGAUUAUUUACAGACCGAUGUCAUAUAGCUGGAAUAUUGCUGAGUGCGGCAUUACACGAAACCAAGCAACCACUAGGCUGAUAGAAUAAUUUGUUUGAUAGGCAUUACUUAGAAGUUGGCGGAUGACAAGAUAGACACAAUUUUAUGGAUAACAACUUCUUUAAUACUGUAAAAAGCGACGUUUCGGGUAUAGAUCCUUAUACCGUUAUAACCCAACAAUCAACAGAGAUCAAGGCUAUUUCAUCCAAUCCGCCUACUAUGAACUCAUCAAACAAUAAUCACCUGUUUAUUGGCUUCAUGCCCCAUUGGCUUCUAGCUAUGUGUUUUCUGUCCAUCGUGUUGUGAUAGCAUCAUCCUUGUUGUCACACCUACCUAUGUUAUCCCACUCAUGUAUGCCCUUGUUGUUACUGUUAAUCCUCUA